AAAACAUUGAACAUCAAACAUUUGGAUGGGGACCAUCUCUUGGGUUCGUGUGUGGUUCAUCGGUUUCCACGACCCGCAAUGGGAAAUAUCGGAUAACGCCCGCCAUGUCGACUUUUGGGUUUUUGGGAGCGAAACCCCUCCUCUAUUUGCGAAAAUCCUCCUCACUUCCGGGGACGAUGGAGGUCCUACUGUCACUUUGAACUUGAAGCUCAUCACUAGCCUGUGAUACCCUUUGCCUUGAUUCAACAUCGAGAAUUGUUGCAAUGGCGUCCAUGUCUGGAUUUGUCCUCAAAGAUUGCAAAUUUCAGACAUGUGCCGCUCGCUACAGAGCAAGCUCUUAUUGUCCUGCCCGGACAGUCGUGUCUCGUCUUGAUCUCCGUAGGGACAAUUCUGUUUGUGCAAAUGGAAAGAGUCUGGUUGUGAAGAACCCGUUGCAUAGCUCAACGGUUGCUGUUGCGACAACACCUUUUUCUGUUAAUCCAUCUUCGAGAAAAUUGACAACUUUGUGCAAAUCUGCAACAAACGCACCUGGAGAAAUUCCUGCCAGCACUCCUGGCGAGAUGAGCCAGUAUGAGAGAAUUGUUGAAACUCUGACCACUCUUUUUCCUGUUUGGGUCAUUUUGGGAACCAUUGUUGGGAUCUACAAACCAGCUGCGGUUACUUGGCUGGAAACUGAUCUUUUCACUGUUGGAUUGGGUUUCCUCAUGCUUUCUAUGGGGUUGACAUUGACGUUUGAGGAUUUCCGACGAUGUUUGCGUAAUCCUUGGACUGUAGGUGUAGGAUUUUUGGCACAGUACCUCAUCAAACCACUGUUGGGCUUUGUCAUUGCAAUGGUACUUCUUUCAUCAUCCCAUUCAGAAGUUCUUACAUGGGCUUUAAAGUUGUCUGCACCGCUUGCAACUGGUCUUAUAUUGGUGUCCUGCUGCCCGGGAGGUCAAGCGUCUAAUGUUGCUACUUAUAUCUCCAAGGGGAAUGUAGCACUCUCUGUCCUCAUGACAACGUGUUCAACUAUUGGUGCCAUUGUGAUGACGCCUCUCCUCACGAAGCUUCUUGCUGGCCAGCUUGUUCCUGUGGAUGCUGCGGGUCUGGCUAUCAGUACUUUUCAGGUUGUUUUGGUGCCAACAAUAGUUGGAGUGUUGGCCAAUGAAUUUUUUCCCAAGUUUACUUCAAAAAUAGUCACGGUGACCCCAUUGAUUGGAGUUAUUCUGACUACCUUACUUUGCGCAAGCCCUAUUGGGCAAGUUGCAGGUGUCUUGAAAACUCAAGGAGCUCAACUUAUAUUACCAGUAGCUCUCCUGCAUGGCGCUGCCUUUGCCCUUGGAUAUUGGAUAUCGAAAUUCUCAUUUGGUGAAUCCACUUCCCGCACCAUUUCUAUUGAAUGUGGGAUGCAGAGUUCUGCCCUUGGAUUUCUUCUCGCCCAGAAACAUUUCACCAAUCCUCUGGUAGCCGUUCCUUCUGCGGUUAGCGUAGUUUGCAUGGCGCUUGGUGGGAGUGCACUUGCUGUUUUCUGGAGAAACAGGCCGAUCCUGAUCGAUGACAAAGACGACUUCGAAGAAUGAGACAUCUGUUAGAUAUCAUAUCUCCAUAUUUUCUCUAGGUUUAUCGAUUUCGGGUGGAAUUUUUGUUUUCAUUUUGUGAUUUCUCAUGCAGUAUGGUUGUAUCGGCUUUAAGUUCUAGCUAGAAGGAAGUGAAGUCAGAUGGUCACAUAUCAUUUUGGAUGCUAAGCUGGAGUGGAGAUGUUCUAGCUUAAUAAAAGCAAAGGCAAUUCUACAUUUGGUUAAAAUGCCAUCGGGCCGGAUACGUCGAAAAGUACUUCCUCAAUGCCAUGAGUGGCUGAAUCAGUACACAAGUCCAUGUCCAGCUGCGAUGCGGCGACAAUAUUGAUAAGGUUUAGUUGUACCUUUCCUUUUCUUUAUCUUCAGUUUACUUGUCAAAAGAUAUUCCGAAGAGCUUAUGUUUGAUGAGUGGGUGGUUGAACUAGUGUACUGUGGCCCGGAAUAUAAGUGGGGUAGCCCGGUGUGUCUGUUCGUUAAAGGGACAGGCUCAUAUAAGGCCUGUGUCGGGGCGACCUUGUUUUGAAAUCUGCUCUUGAUCUAAAUGCUCUCUUCCGGCUCACUAUCGAUCACCAUGCUCCUCUCCCGGGCUCUCUUGCUCAAUUCAGGAAUUCCUUUUCAUCUUUGUUUG